GGGGAAUUUGGUUCAGGAUCCGUGUAUGUGUGUGUGUGGUUUCAAGCUUCCCUGUUUCCCUUUGUUCCAUUCAACACAGAGGCUUUUGGGAUCCAUCUACAACAACUUCUACGGCUCAGUCCUGGAUAGAUCACAUCGACCUGAACUGUCCCGUCCGCCCCCCUUCGCACAAACCCACUGACCAAAACAAUCGGGUGAUAGCCUGGUCAAUAAUCCCCCUUGCCCCGCUCCUUCGGCCCCAAAACCGUCGCAUUUAACCCGGUCUGAUCGGCCUCUUAUUUGGUUCGAACACCAUUCUUACCUUCUUUUGAUCACUUGGCUUUGGACGUCGCUGCGAGCCAUGUCGGUAGACUUGAAUGAUCCAGAGAUACAGAGACUCCAGAGAGAGGUGUUGGAUCCUUCAAGCCAGACCACUUGGUUUCUAACGCAUUAUGACCCUUCAACAUCGUCGGUUCUCGUCCCGCUCGCAUCGGGAUCAUCCCCAUCCAUCUCUCGCAUAAGAGAUACGCUCGCUUCUACAACGGAGGAGCUGGUGUAUGGAUACGCCGAUGUCCAAGGGAAAGGAUUGAUCAUAGUGUACAUGAUAGAUGGAAUCAAUGGUGUCCGAAGGGCUCGAGCCGUGGUCCACUCUCGUGCAUUUGCGACCUUGUUCCAGGACUACUCUGCCCUCAUCACCAUUUCAACCGCUUCAGAGCUCACCGACGAGCUCGUAGCGGACAAACUUGGCCUACCGGAAGCUCACGAUGACAGAUCCAGCAGGAUGACAGGUCUGGUACCUGUUUCAUCCGGCCAUCCCAACCCUUCGGAUUUGCUCGAGCCAACUCGAUCUGUAUCAAGUUCGGGCCAGGGAGCUACCGUGUCGAACGAUGGCCAUUUGACAGACACCUCGACCGCUCAAUUCCACACGCCUACUUCCGGUGCACAGAUGGUCUUGCCUCCUUCUCCCCCUCCAGAACUUGGACCUCCAUUAGACCUAGAGUCAAGCAGAGCUCCACCUCAGGAUCAUUAUUCGAGGUCCAUUGAAGAUUCGGCACGGCCUAACGACCCUGCCACCUUUCCUACACAGCCGACUUCCAUCAAUCCUCAGCUUCAGCGUGACCUCGCUCUCGCAGCUGGUCACACCGAGCCCGAAGCGUCUUUGCCCCCUGCAUCUAUGAUUGGCGAUGAUCCGAGUCAUCCCAGCAACAUUACUCCUUCUGGUCAACCGGCUCCUCUUCCACUCGCAGACAGGCUUCAAAUCCACACCGUAUCCCCGUUAUCUGAUCGACUCCCUCCUCCUUCCGAACCCACGGUCAUACACCCUGACAGGCCUCUAGACCCAAAAGGUAUAUCCUCUACCGAUGUCUUUCCCGAACAGCGGAAUCGCAAGACCAGUCUAUCGUCUCGUCUUGGAUCACUCGGCGCGGCAUUCGGUCGAGGCAGCUCGACGUCUCCCAAAUCGCCUUCCGUGACGGUGUUCACACCUACAGAUUCGAACGGACAUAAUGGGAGCCCGCGAGAUGAUCAAUCGCCCUCCACUCGAUCCAACAAGAGCCCCGGAAGUCCCGGUAAGUCUCGAUUCUUCAGCUCCCAGCUCGUCAAGAAUUUUGGGAGGAGAGUAUCCGGGAACAGUACGCAUACGUCUUCUCCACCGACUACACCGAGGAUAGAUGAACGCGCUGCCGAAGACGCGGAUGCACCUCCGCCAUUGCCUCCGAAAGACUCGACGCCGUCUCCCCGCCGUUUCGGAAGUGGUCACGAACCCGCACCUGGUGCACAUUAUGGUACAGGACAGAACUAUAUCGGCACUCUACCUCUCUCGCCUCAAGCGGAUGGUCGCAGCAGACCAAGCAGCGCUGGUAGAGGUGAUGGUGGUGGGAUCUCACCUUCUCCUUCGGCGAAACUCGCCAUGACUGCGGCCAGUCAGAAGAGCGUCAAGACUGAGAUGGAGAUACAGGAACGAGUGAGGAAGGACAUGGAACUAAGAGAUCAGGAAAGGCUGGCGGACCAGCACGAUUUCGAACAAAACGUGACGGUAAUUGACAGAGGUUCGCACCUCGAGGACGGUGAAGAAGAGGAGGGAUUACCGUACGACCGACCUGAUCCGCGUGAGCCACCUUUAUCGGUAAAUGACAGGGCCCCUGAGAAGGAAGCAGCCCCACAUCAGGGUCUAAGUCCUAGCGAACUGGAACAGGCAACGGGAGUCAAGGAGAAGAUGACCGAAUUGAGUCUCGCCGAAGCUGGAGUCGCUGGACCUGGCGUGGGACUCGUCGCCGGGAGUCUGGUGUCGGGACAAGCAGCUGACGACGGAGAUAGACGCAUGAAAGAAGAGGAGGAGCGUCUCAAGGCAGAGGAGCAACGUGUCGCUCAGGAAGAAGAACGAGUAGCCGAAGAACGCGAGCGAUUGGCCCAAGAAGAAAAGCGAGUGGCAGAGGAACGAGCGAGAUUGGACCGGGAGGAGGAAGAGCUGCGAGUCAAGGAGGAGCAAGAACAUUUUGCGAGGGAGGAACAGGCUCGAUGGGCAGAGGAAGAAAGGUUGAGGAAGAUUGAAGAGGAAAGGAGGAUACAGGCCGAGAAAGAGGCGGAGGAGCAGAGGCUCAAAGCGGAGCAAGAGGAGCUGGAGCGACAACGUAAAGCUCAAGUGAGAGAGAGUAUGGUCAGAGGCAAGCAAAACGGAGGAAUCAUGUUGAGCGGGUGGAUCACGGUGCAGACGAUGAAAUCCCCGACGUGGCGGAGGAGACAUUUCAACCUGUACAAGGACAAACUGGAUCUAUUCAAGUCGGAAGUGGACCCUGCACCUAUCCAGACCAUCCACCUAGGGAACGAUGCCAAGGUCUCUCAUACCUAUGAAGAAUCUCAAGUUCAGGAGAGUUUUAAAAUCACCGCUGGGGAUGGAGAGCCCUAUUUCCUCUUUACAGAUGGACAUGAGGAUCGCGAGACGGUCCUGGAAGGACUUGCGCUGGCUAUGGAGAGAGCCUGAGUGUAUGACAUAUGUAGCUAUAUAAUGCAGAUCGUUCGCGCCGG